AUGUACAUGUCUUGCAUGCGCAGCCUGCGGUCUACCGCUGCCCGCCCUAGCUUCAUGAAGCAGGGUGGCCAGGUCAUCGGUAUUGAUCUCGGCACGACCAACUCUUGCGUCGCUGUUAUGGAGGGCCGCACCACGCCCUCGACUGUUGCCUUCUCCAAGGACGGCGAGCUCCUUGUUGGUAACACCCUUUUUGCCACCAAGCGUCUGAUCGGUCGCAAGUUCCAGGACAUGGAGGUCCAGCGCGACAUCAAGGAGGUUCCCUUCAAGAUUGUUGGCCACAGCAACGGUGAUGCCUGGGUUGAGUCCCGUGGCAAGGCCUACUCGCCCGCACAGAUUGGUGCCUUUGUCGUCGGUAAGAUGAAGGAGACCGCCGAGGCUUAUCUUGGCAAGCCCGUGAAGAACGCCGUUAUCACUGUGCCGGCCUACUUCAACGACUCACAGCGCCAGGCUACCAAGGAUGCCGGAUCCAUUGCCGGCCUCAACGUCCUGCGUGUUAUCAACGAGCCCACCGCCGCGGCGCUGGCCUACGGUGUGGAUAAGGAGGGCGACAAGCUUGUUGCCGUCUACGAUCUCGGAGGCGGAACCUUUGAUAUCUCGAUUCUCGAGAUCCAGAAGGGCGUGUUUGAGGUCAAGUCGACCAACGGUGACACCCACCUUGGUGGCGAGGACUUUGACAUCUACCUGGUGCGCAAGGUCGUCGAUGACUUCAAGAAGGAAACCGGCAUUGAUCUCUCGGGCGACCGCAUGGCCACACAGCGUAUCCGCGAGGCUUGCGAGAAGGCCAAGAUCGAGCUUUCCUCGACCGUCCAGACUGACAUCAACCUGCCCUUCAUCACUGCUGAUGCCUCGGGCCCCAAGCACAUCAACAUGAAGCUGACCCGCGGCCAGUACGAGCAGCUGACAAAGUCGCUGAUUGACCGUACUGUUGAGCCUUGCAAGAAGGCGCUCAAGGACUCGGGCGUCACCGCUAACAAGAUCGGUGAGGUUAUCCUGGUCGGUGGUAUGUCGCGCAUGCCCAAGGUGCAGGAGACUGUCAAGGGCAUUUUCGGUCGCGACCCCACCAAGGCCGUCAACCCCGAUGAGGCUGUCGCCAUGGGCGCUGCCAUCCAGGGUGGUGUGCUGGCCGGCGAGGUCACCGACAUUCUGCUCCUCGACGUCACCCCUCUGUCCCUGGGUAUCGAGACCCUCGGCGGUGUCUUCACCCGCCUGAUCAACCGGAACACGACUAUCCCGACCAAGAAGUCGCAGGUCUUCUCGACUGCCGCCGAUGGCCAGACCGCCGUCGAGAUCAAGGUGUUCCAGGGCGAGCGCGAGCUUGUGCGCGACAACAAGAUCCUCGGCAACUUCCAGCUCACGGCCUGCCCCCAGCCCCAAGGGCGUGCCCCAGAUCGAGUCACCUUCGAUAUUGACGCCGACGGUAUUGUCAACGUGUCUGCCAAGGACAAGGCCACCAACCAGGACCAGUCCAUCACCAUUGCCGCGUCGUCGGGUCUCAGCGAGACCGAGAUCGAGGAUAUGAUUGCCAACGCCGAGAAGCAUGCUGAGGCCGAUAAGGAGCGCCGUGAGUCCAUUAUCACCGAUACUGAGAAGCACAUGGAGGAGUUCAAGGAGCAGCUCGACAAGGCUGAGGGUGAGAAGAUCCGCACUCAGCUGGAUGAGCUCCGCCAGACACUGGCCAAGGUUAACUCGGGUGAGACUAGCCUUAAGGCUGAGGAGAUUAAGCAGCAGGCUGGUAACGUCCAGCAGGCUUCGCUGAAGCUUUUCGAGAUGGUCUACAAGCAGCGCGCCAGCCAGAACAACAACGAGUCCAGCAGCAGCUCCGAGUCGUCGGACACCAAGGAUGCCGACUUUAAGGAUGCCAAGAAGGACUAA